AUGACAGAUGGCAGUUCAAAGUGGGCUGCCUUGGGGUUGAAAUGGGGCUCACAAUUCCCCAUUUCAAGUUUCCAGCCCGAGCUCGGAACUUGGUUGGACACACGUGCAAAGCCAUGGGAGACUAUCUUCAUCGAACUGGUGGCUGUUCCGGCCAAAGUGGCUGGUCCGGCCACAGUGGCAUGGGCUGCUUCGGCCCAGCAAAUCCAAGCAGCGAAGGAGUUGAAAAUGGCUUGGUGUUUAGCUGAAGGGGUCAAAGUUUUGGACCAGCGAGCUAUCCAAAGUGCUUCCUUGAUUGCUUUGAUGCGGGAUGAAAGACAUGGAAGGGUCGCAGUUAGAUUUCGAACAGUCUCGUCGGACCUGUCUGUGCGCAGCGGCUUUUUAGGCCAAGGAAGAUUUGAAGGCACCGGCGCAGACAACUUGUCAAAAACAACUUUGAAUAUCAUGAAGCGUGCCUGCUCAAGAUUCUAUGGGGCACCUGAUGGUCACCUGGCUGGGCAUUUGAAAGCACCUUUGUUGAAACUUCUCAGGGAAAAGGUUGUUGUCCUGUGUGCUGAUUCGGCAGCAGAUGAGAUGGCCAGCGCUGAGAUAAUGAGGUCGGCAGCUCUGUCUGUCAAUGGCGCUGAAGCGCUGACACCAAACCUUCAGCAUGUUUUCCGAGAUCGAGCCCAUGCGUCACGAAGGUUGACCAGCAGGCCCUGGCAUGCUGAUCCCAAACUGAAAGAAAUCAUGGACUAUAUGUGCAGAGGCGCUUCCAUGGCUAAAAUUAUGCAUCACUCAGUGGAAAUCAAGAGAAUUUUUUCUGAAUAUGCCAAGACCUCAAAUGCAGCCGUGCAAAGGAGUUUGAACUCGUUCAGGGCAGCAGGGCAUCGCUUUGAGUCCUUUGCCCGUCCACUGGGUAGGACACUUCUAUAUUUCCAUGCUACCUUGAAAACAGCACUUCACUUGGUGCGAACUCGCACAGACUCCGCUGCCAAGCGGGCAAAAGCAUGGCUUCUUUGGAUUUCAGAAGAAAGGCUCGUGCAAGCAGCAAUGCUAGCCGACGCAGCAGACUCCAGCUUGGCACUCACACGUGCGCUCGACGAGGAAAGCACUGACCCAGCGGUUGUCCACAAAGAACUUCAUUGUCAUAUGAAAGAGGUGCACAGUCUUUUUGUUGGAAAGAAGUGUCUGCAACAGUUCGGAUACACGUCAACUGUCUUGGACAUGUUAAAAUCACCGAUCGUGUUUCAAGUUGGCAAGGAUUUGAAAUCAAUCGGAUCGAGCCAUGGGGUUGCUUCUGAAAAAGUCGAUCGCUGUUUCGGCGCCAUGCAGGCUAGGGUUAAAUUGGCUGAUUCGGCCAUUCAGGCAGAAUUCCCUGAUUUCGAAGUCAUUCAGGCGUAUGAUAUUUUCAAUUUGGGUGGCUUGUCUAACCAUUCAGAAAAACAUCUCCGCAUUCUAGCCCAUGCGUUUAAACUAGAUGAGAGACAAUUGGAAGAGCAGUGGAAAGACAUGUACCCUAGAGCUCAGCUGGCUUUCAGGGUUCAGGUUGGGAAAUUGAAGGACUCCACCGCCAAAGGUUUGGCAAGGCAGGCAAACAAGGAAGCGUGGAAAGAAACCAUUGCCAGCAUGGCGGCGCACCAUGCGACACAGAAAGCUCAUCCAACGAAUGUCUUGAGGACGUGCUUGGAAAAUUACUUUGUGUGCACGCCAAGUACGUCUGGGGUGGAGCAAAAUUUUAGCAAGGUAGCUUACAACUUUACAAAGCAGCGGCACCAUGCUUUAGCAAGUCAUGAAGAACUCGUGUUAAAACUGUUCUUGGACUUGCCACAACAGACCGUGAGUGAGCAAGAAGAAAUCUGUAGAAUUGCUCGCGUUGCUUGGUCCUGCCAGUAUGGCGCUCCGCGUGAGAGGAAAGGAGCACGUGUGGACAAAGGCUUGAAAAGGAAUAGGGACAACGUUGCCAGUGACGAGAAGUGCCCUACUGAAACUGAUUUCAUCAAGAGGCGCCGGAGAGCGGCUGCAGCGGCUGCUGAGGACUACCAGUUGACGGAUGUUGAUGUCAAUGAAAACUGCUGGACAGCAAACCAUGACAAGGAAAACACUUUUUUGAAGAAUAAGACAGCUGCACGCAAGAGCCAGGCAAUUGCUGAGGACAGUUUGCCUCUGGAAUAUGUUACAGAAGAAGAGAAGCAGCAGUCUAUGGGAAUAAUGGACAGGUUUGAACUGAACCAACAGAAACGGCGGCGGCAAGCUUUGCGGCACGAGAAGGCUGCCAAAGAAAAGGACCGAGGGAGGAUUUUGGCAGAGCUGCAUGGUGGACAAGUUUAUUUGGCUGUUCCGGCCACUGUGCAUCUUCAGGCUGCAUUGGCAAAUGCUGGCUUGACGGUUUGUCACAACAUGUUAGAAGCUGAUGUUUUGAUUUGUCACCGGCCUGGAGACUGCAGUGAGAAGGACAAGCUUAGCAUUGUCGCUGGAGUGCUGGGUCGUCUGGAGGCAUGUCCCGAUUUUUUCCUUCGCGGUUCGGGUGCUGCUUUGAAAUCUCAUUGUGCUGCUUCGGCACGACGGGCUUUGAUUGUGUCAGCUGAAUGUGCUCAGAGACAUUUGCCAUUUUUGCAAAUGCUAUGGUCUGUUUUGCCGCCUGGUUGCAAGUGGACGCUUCACAAAAUGGCUUCCGACGCAUCGUUUCAAGACAUGACCGACAAACAAAGAGAUUAUCCGCAAGGAGUUGGUUACUUGGUUGUGUCGCCAGAGGAGCGCUCGGCUGUGGCAGCUUGGCUAUAUUAUUCUCAGUUGGUUCGUGUUUUUACGUUGUUUGGUCUGAUGGAACAGUGA